AUGAAUACUGACACAUAUCGUCACACUAUGGAAACAACAACAGCAACAACAAAACAUCGAAUUCGACAACGAAGGAGAUGGCAGGACAAUAGCAGUAUGACAGAGCAGCAGCAACAGCACGAACAACAACGAGAACAACAACAAAGCGACAACCUACAACAGCAAAGGCGACGACUAGGAUCCAUCAAUAACCGGAGACGAGGGGGUGGUGGAUUUUUGGCCCGACACUAUUAUUUUACAAGCGACAGCCAUAAUUAUGAUGAUUAUGACGAUGAUGAUUGCCCGCCGGAUGAUGGCGGCGGCUGGCCACACCACCAUCACCUUAACAUUUUUCAGCGAGAUUGCGUGCCUCUUCUAACAGACGACGACGACGACGAUGACUCGCAUCAGAGAAAUCAUUAUACGAGAAAACGGGGCAAGGGCGGCAAAGGCAAGGGUGGGAAGGGUUAUCGUGCGAGUAAAAGUAGUCGAAGCAAGGCCAAGGGAGGAAAGGGUGGAUAUGGGUAUGCAAUUCGCCUUUCCGAUAACGAGAAGGGCUUUAACUUUCACCGGCCCUGUCCUCCAGGCUAUAUCCACAAGGAUACUCUAUUACACGUACCGGUACCCCGACCUGGUCCCAAACGGCCUGGCUUGUGGGACUCCCACGAUGGAGAGGCAAGCGUCACAAGAGAACCCACACCUGCGCCUCGAGCCGUCACAGAUCGACCCAGCUCUAUGGCGCCGAGACGUUGA